AGGGAGGAGGGAGACCGAGGGAGGAGGCGGCGAGGAGCGCGCCGGCCGCGGCCGCGGGGGGGGGGGGGGUUUGGAAAAAUGACUCAGUAAGUUCAGCGCGCCCGCUCCGGCCGGCCCUGCGCCUCCCGCCGCGCCCGGGAUGUAUUCGUCCCCGCUCUGCCUGACCCAGGAUGAGUUCCACCCGUUCAUCGAGGCGCUGCUGCCGCACGUCCGCGCCUUCGCCUACACCUGGUUCAACCUGCAGGCGCGGAAGCGCAAGUACUUCAAGAAGCACGAGAAGCGCAUGUCCAAGGACGAGGAGCGCGCGGUGAAGGACGAGCUGCUGGGCGAGAAGGCCGAGGUGAAGCAGAAGUGGGCGUCCCGGCUGCUGGCCAAGCUGCGCAAGGACAUCCGGCCCGAGUGCCGCGAGGACUUCGUGCUGGCCAUCACCGGCAAGAAGGCGCCGGGCUGCGUGCUCUCCAACCCCGACCAGAAGGGCAAGAUGCGCCGCAUCGACUGCCUGCGCCAGGCCGAUAAGGUGUGGCGGCUGGACCUGGUCAUGGUCAUCCUCUUCAAGGGCAUCCCGCUGGAGAGCACCGACGGCGAGCGCCUGGUCAAGGCGGCGCAGUGCGGCCACCCGGUGCUCUGCGUGCAGCCGCACCACAUCGGCGUGGCGGUCAAGGAGCUCGACCUCUACCUGGCCUACUUCGUGCGCGAGCGAGACGCGGAGCAGAGCGGCAGUCCCCGGGCAGGGAUGGGCUCCGACCAGGAGGACAGCAAGCCCAUCACACUGGACACCACGGAUUUCCAGGAGAGCUUUGUCACCUCCGGUGUGUUCAGUGUCACGGAGCUCAUCCAAGUGUCCCGGACCCCCGUGGUGACUGGGACAGGACCCAACUUCUCCCUCGGGGAGCUCCAGGGGCACCUGGCGUAUGACCUGAAUCCAGCCAGCACAGGCAUGAGAAGAACCCUACCCAGCACUUCCUCCAGCGGGAGCAAGCGGCACAAAUCGGGCUCGAUGGAGGAAGACGUGGACACGAGCCCCGGCGGCGAUUACUACACCUCGCCCAGCUCUCCCACGAGUAGCAGCCGCAACUGGACUGAGGACAUGGAAGGAGGCAUCUCGUCGCCGGUAAAGAAGACGGAGAUGGACAAGUCACCUUUCCACAGCCCGUCUCCCCAGGACUCCCCUCGCCUCUCCAGCUUCACCCAGCACCACCGGCCUGUCAUCGCCGUGCACAGCGGGAUCGCCCGGAGCCCGCACCCGUCCUCCGCCCUGCACUUCCCCACGACCUCCAUCCUGCCUCAGACGGCCUCCACCUACUUCCCGCACACGGCCAUCCGCUACCCGCCUCACCUCAACCCCCAGGACCCGCUCAAAGAUCUCGUGUCGCUGGCCUGUGACCCAGCCAGCCAGCAGCCCGGACCGUUAAAUGGAAGUGGUCAGCUCAAAAUGUCCAGUCACUGCCUUUCUGCUCAGAUGCUGGUACCCCCGCCCCCUGGGCUCCCGCGGCUGGCGCUCCCCCCCGCCACCAAACCCACCUCCGAGGGAGGAAGCACGUCGCCGACCUCGCCCUCCUACUCUACGCCCGGCACGUCCCCUGCAAACCGUUCCUUUGUGGGAUUAGGACCAAGGGAUCCAGCGGGCAUUUAUCAGGCACAGUCCUGGUAUCUGGGAUAAGAAAGAUUUCUUCCCACGCCCUGCUCCUUCGUCGCGGGAAUCCCAGGGGGCCGCACUGCCGGCCCCGGCCCACGUUUUCAGUGGAAAGUUAGAGCGAGCGAGACGACC